AUGGUCUUCAAGCUUGCCGUACUGUUCGCAACCCUGGCUUAUGUCAGUGCUGGAGCCAUUGAAUCCAUUUAUCCCGGAUCAUACGUUUCCCCAGUAGUGGCCCACUAUGCUGCUGCUCCAGCUGUGAGCUUCAGUUCCAUUACCCAAACUCACCCACCAUCCGUUGCCUACUCAGCCCCAUCAUACGGAUACGCCCAUUCUCACGGCUAUGCUGCCCCUGCUUUAUCUUACACAAGAAAUUAUGCUCCUGAGCUGUCCUACGCCACGUCAUUGUCCGCCUACAAACACGCUGUCAACCCAAUUAUAGAUGCCCGCACCUUCGACUAUGGCUAUUCUACCCCAGAAUUCUACAGCAACUACGGUCACUUUGCCCAUUAA